AUGAGCAAUAAAAGAAACCGACGUAAUCUUCUGUGGAUCACCUGUUUCUGUGCUGAUUCACGGGCGGCAGUUCUCGAAGAGGCGGAUGAGAAGCUUGCACGUUUGAUACAGAAGGGCAAUCUGGUCUCUGUAGAACGCGCUCUGCGGCGUCUCAAGCGUCCGCUAACCGAAGUGAAUCUGGUGGUGAAACGUCGACACCUUAGCACAGCCUACCCUUGCCUCGUUGAUCAUCGUGCUACCGGUACCGACCCAUUUAUCAAUUUCUAUCAGGAAUGUUCUCCAGUCAUUUGGGCUGUGGAUUGUCUUCAGUGGCAAAUUUUACCUCUUCUGUCCCGGUACGGUUUAGAUAUCAACAGACCACAAACGUGUUGGCGAUGGACUUAUAUAUGUGCUCCAAAUUCCCGUCCAAAUACUGCUCCCUAUCGACGCUUCUGGACCCGCGGACGGUACACUUAUCAGUCGGCUUUGGAUUAUUUCUUUGCGAGUGUGUAUGAAUUUGUGGGCGAACAGCCACCAUCGUAUAACGGAUUGAGCGGCCCCAGUCCUCUGGCGUUUUAUUUUUCCCACUUGCCCGCCAUUCUUGCCAAAGGAGUUGACGUGCAUCGCAUUGAUUCAGUUAUCAUUUUUAAUUCUUUAGCUACCAGCUACGAUCAGUACCUGUGUCGAUACACAAAUGAACAUGCCACAGUUCCUGACAUUCCCGAAAAUGACGAUGCAUUUGUGGAAAUGACGGCGGUCAAAAGACUGAUUGAACAUGGUUUUUCUCAAUUUGAAUGUAUGGACUACUUAUAUCCCUGUUGCAAUUGGUUUGGAAUUUUGUUGUGUUUAGUCUGUCAUCCAAAAAUCGAUACAUAUGGACAUAACGUACUCCCUUCCAUCAUUCGCCAGGCCGCAUUGUUGUUGAUAAACUUGUUGGCACUGCGAUGUACUUUUCCCACGGUGGACGAUUUUGGUGAGUCUUUGGAAAAUCUGCAUCUGCGCAAAGUUUACUCCAAGCGUUAUGGAGAACGACGUGAUGAGUUCAAUGCACGUUUAUCUCACCUGCAUCGAAUCUGUCAAAGUGUGAUUGCAGAGCCACUAAGUCUGAAAAUUCUUGCCCGAAAUACUGUGAGAAAGCAGAUUGGUGGUGUGGACUUUUGUCGUAAAUUAGCCUCAAUUGGAUUGCCAACUCAGCUGGCCUCAUUUGUACAAUAUAUAGGUCAAGAUCAUUUGAAAUCAAGUCACAUGCCUAAAGAACUGAUUCGCUUGGCACAAGGUCAGUGGGUUGAUCAUAACAUUACAACUCGAGCCCUGGUAUCUGGCUACAAUGAAGUGAAUUUAAACCACUCGCCCAGCCUAAAUACAAAUGUUCAAAACAUGUCGGAGAACAACCAAUCUCUCACUUUCUUGAGACGCACAUCAAACACCACUUCUCUUGUUCCCGAACAUCAACGACGUUUAAAUCCAAUAGAAGCACUUGCUGCUCAACUGGACGAGGUUGAGCUAGAUCCGCUACCUUUAUCGAUCUACUCACGUCAGCUGAGACGUGGAAGAGCCUCAGAACGGCAACAUAUCCCAAUUGAACGACGUAUUGAUCGAAACUGGGACCUCGAUCCACCAGGAAAUCCGGAUCAGUUAACUUCAGUCCGACGAAUGCUUGGCCGUCAUGCUUUACGGCGACCCAGGUCAGCCCCAUUACCACGAAUCAGUGUCUGGUAA